AUUCGGGCAACAGUAGGGCAUGGCAGCUCAUGCCUGCAGUCCCAGCCCUCUGGGAACUGAAACAGGAGGACUGCCACGAAUUCGAGGCUAGCGGGGUUGUGUUGUGAGAUACUGUUGCCCCAAAGCAAAUAAACAAAAAUUUGAAAUUUCGUGUAACAGUACCAAUUACACGAGGCUUUGUGAGAAUCACCUUAGGAAGACACUGCGCAUGGUGGCAAACACCACUUGAGAGAUGAAGGAAGAUCAAAAGAUCAAGGCCCUCCUCAGUUAUCCAAUGUCUUCGGUGCCUAAUGAUCAAUAUUUCCAGAUAUAUCUCAGAUAUUAAAUAUUUGCCCCCCAACAUCAAAGAUAGACUGAUUAAAAUAAUGAGCACGCGGGGCCGGAUAACAGAUUCCAAUAUAAAUGAGGUGCUACAUCCUGAAGUCCAAAGACUAGAUCUGAGGAGCUGUGAUAUCUCAGACUUGGCUCUCCAGCACCUGUGUAAAUGCAGAAAACUGAAGGCACUAAAUCUAAAAUCCUCCAGGGAACAUAGAAAUAGCAUAACUUCAGAAGGAAUAAAAGCUGUAGCUUCAUCCUGUUCCGACCUUCAUGAAAUUUCUCUGAAAGGAUGUUGCAAUAUCACUGAUGAAGGAGUCCUUGCUCUUGCACUCAAUUGCCAGCUGCUAAAGAUCAUUGACUUGGGUGGCUGCUUAAGUAUUACUGAUAUGUCCUUACAUGCAUUAGGAAAAAACUGCCAAUUUUUGCAAUGUGUUGACUUUUCAACUACUCAGGUGUCUGACAGUGGUGUGGUUGCGCUUGUUAGUGGACCAUGUGCCAAACAAUUAGAGGAAAUUAACAUGGGAUACUGUAUAAAUCUAACUGAUAAAGCUGUAGAAGCUGUCCUGACUGCCUGUCCUCAGAUAUGUAUACUUCUUUUCCAUGGCUGCCCCCUAAUAACAGAUCAUUCACGAGAAGUCUUGGAGCAAUUAGUAGGAUCAAGAAAACUAAAGCAAGUGACUUGGUCUGUUUAUUGAUCUUCACAGAGGCUGAUCUGAGGAACUUUUCCAGGAUAUGCUCUAUAAAUGUUUGUUUUUCACUUAAUUUUAACACUAAUUUAUUAUUUUAUUGUCUUAGUUAAGCUGUAACUCCCAGAGAACCAGUUCAAUCUUAAUGUAAAUGGUUGUGCUUUAAAGUUAACCAGACUCAGCAUUUUAACACUUCUAUUAUCUCAUAUUUGUUUGAUGAGCCAUCUUUCUAUCACUUGAUGGGAAGGAGGCUGGGUUUGCUUCUUUAAUAACGAAAGUUUCAGAUGAUUUAUUUUCCCUUUAUAGUCCGUUCUCUGGCGUAGGUAUUUGAGCUGUUGUAAGAGACAUUAUGGGUAGAAUUCUAAAUAAAGAUUCUUUAAAAAGCGUAA